AUGGAAGCUACACCAUCGAAGAUGAUUACUCUGAAGAGCUCUGACGAACAGAUCUUCCUUGUGGAGGAGUCGACUAUCACAAGCAAUAUCUUGGCAGAGGUAAUCGAAUACUACAACAAACACCCUGAGGUUGCGACUGGUGAAGCGAAGAUGACUACUCUGGAGAGCUUUGACGAACAGAACCUCCUUACCGAGGAGACUACCAUCACAGGAAAUAUCUUGGCGAAGGUAAUGGACUACUGCAACAAACACGCUGAGGUUGCGACUAGUGAUGAGGAUAAAAAGAUUUGGGAUGAAGAGUUUGUGAAUUUCGAUUUUGGAACAAAUACCCAGAUGUUUUUAGACAUGUACCGCGCUGCGAAGUUUCUUAACAUAAAGGGAUUGAUGGAUCUGAUAUCGAAUAUAAUGGCCAAGUGGAUGACUGGUAAACCACCAGAUGAUAUACUCCAGGCAUUCAACUUGACAGACGAAGAAUUCCAAAUGACCCCUGAAGAAGAUGAAGACAUUAAUAGGAAAUUGGAGAUUAUUAGUCGUAGGCGAAAUGUUGGGGCCUUCGAAUGA